CUAUGGUUGGAGCUUCCUAGAGGGCCAGGAGGAAGAGAAGGAGGAGGAGGCCUGCCUCUUGAGGAAGAUGUCCUUGCUGUUGGACGUCCACCGGGGUUUGCCCUUUCCCGGCUCUCCUCGUCGUGUGUCCCUCGUCUCCGGCUCCUGCCUCUACUUCCACUACGGCUGUGACGGCCUGGAUGACCGAGGCUGGGGGUGCGGCUACCGGACACUGCAGACGUUGUGCUCCUGGCUGGUGGCCUCGGCCGACCAGCAACACAUUGAUCCCCGCCCAGUGCCUUCCUUGACGGAAAUCCAGGCCUCCCUGGUUGAGAUGGGGGACAAGCCCCCUUCCUUUGCCGGCUCCAAGGACUGGAUCGGCACCGUGGAAGCGGCUUUGUGCCUGGACCACUUCUAUGCCGUUCCGGGCAAGCUGCUCCACGUCCCCUGCGGCCGGGAGCUCGACACGCAGCUGGAGACCUUGUACAACCAUUUCCAGGCAGGCGGGGGUCCCGUCAUGAUGGGAGGGGACCGAGACAACUCCUCCAAGGGGUUGCUGGGCGUCUGCUCCGGCCCCCAAGGGCAUCACCUCCUGGUUCUGGAUCCGCACUAUUACGGCAGGGCUGGCUCCCUCCCGAAGAGAGAGUUGCAGGCGAGCGGCUGGGUUUCUUGGAGGGGACUCGAGUCCUUUGAGGAGAGCUCCUUCUACAAUCUCUGCCUGCCCCAGUUCUGGACCAAAGGGUCUCCUCCCUCGUGAAACCAAUAAUAAUAAUAAUAAUAAUAAUAAU